AUGCAGAUCUUCGUCAAGACCCUCACGGGCAAAACCAUCACCCUCGAGGUUGAGUCUUCGGACACCAUCGACAAUGUCAAGGCCAAGAUCCAAGACAAGGAGGGAAUCCCACCCGACCAACAGCGAUUGAUCUUCGCCGGAAAGCAACUCGAAGAUGGCCGCACCCUCUCCGACUACAACAUCCAAAAGGAGUCCACUCUUCACUUGGUGUUACGUCUCCGUGGUGGUGGCAAGAAGCGCAAGAAGAAGGUCUACACUACCCCAAAGAAGAUCAAGCACAAGCGCAAGAAGACCAAGCUCGCUGUAUUGAAGUACUACAAGGUUGAUGGUGAUGGAAAGAUCGAGCGUCUCCGCAGAGAGUGCCCAACUCCAGACUGUGGUGCCGGUGUUUUCAUGGCUGCCAUGCACGACCGUCAAUACUGUGGACGUUGCCACUUGACCUACAUCUUCGAUGAUGCCAACAAAUAA